GCGGGCACUUGUGCAGUCACAGGUUAGUUGCGAUACAUGACGUAUUAUUUGUGGGACAACUUCAUGUUUAUGUACACAGCAGUCGGCAGCAGCGAGGGGAGGACGUUAAUCUCGCCCUUUAAAUCGUACUUGUCAAUCGCCAGGUGGAGGAUGUCUGUGGCUGCACUUCGUCUGAUCCACUGUCGGCGACUGAGCACCACCGGGCCUGGUGUGAAGAGGGUGCUGCCUUGGAGAAAUAUUAGGAAAAUUGCUAAGGUGACUGGUGCUGUAGUCUUGGGGGGCUGUCUUUUUAUCACUUAUGAGGUGGUGGCCUUGGACAAGGCUGUGACAAUUGACACACAGGCAAUUCUUCAGGAGAAGUACAAGUCCUACAUCUAUCUGAAAGCCACUCCCUCUAAAGAACAGGAGAAUCUUGCUGCAGGGCUCACACACAAAGCGAGGAGGGAGCUUCAUAAAGCAGCAAGACGGUUUCUGGAAGUAUCCUCUAGAAUUCUGCUGCAACCACUUGAUGCUGCCAAGUUGAUGACACAAGGUUUGCAGCGACAAAGUCAACAAGAGCACUUUAGCCAUGUGGACGCAGACCCCCAUGAGGUGGCGUUAUGGGUCCUGCUGAAGAGGACGCGCUCCGCAACCAAGGCUGUCAGACUACAGGCUGUACAGGAGCUCGCAGAAAACCACCACUGGCACGACUACCAAUACCAGACAGCGGCUCAGGUUAUAGACCAGCGGACGGCGGUGGGUUUGGCCCGGACUCCUCGGGUGGACCUGCGCUUCUUCCUGUCGCCACCUGCACUGCCUGAGCUGGAGGACGGCUGUUCUGUGGAGGAUGGACUGAGGCAGCUGCUGGCAUCUCUGCCUCAGUCUGAGGUGGACAAAUGUGUUCAGUACUUCACCUCAUUGGCCCUCAGAGAGAGCAGUCAGUCCCUGGCAGCACAACGGGGUGGUCUGUGGUGUUUUGGCGGCAAUGGGUUGCCAUACGCUCAGAGUCUCACCUCUGUUCCUUCUGAGAAGGUUGAAUCCUUCUGCCUCCAGGCACUGGUGCAACACUCCAAGGUCCAGAGUCACUGCGAUCACAUUGUUGCCAACGGGGGUCUGCAGCUUCUCCAGAGAGUUUACCAGCUCCGGAGAGACUCCCUGAAGAUUCAGAGGAACAUUGUUCGCAUUAUAGGGAACUUGGCAAUCAAUGAGAGUGUUCAUCAGGCUAUAGUACAGUCUGGCUGGGUGUCUGUCCUGGCUGAGAUGAUGCAGUCUCCUCACAUCAUGCAGGCAUCUCAUGCAGCUCGCGCUCUAGCCAACCUGGACAGGGAGACUGUGGGCGAGAAAUAUCAAGAUGGAGUCUAUGUCCUCCAUCCACAGACACGUGGCAAUGAGCCAAUCAAAGCAGACGUGCUGUUCAUCCAUGGACUUCUAGGGGCAGCUUUUAAGACUUGGCGGCAGAAGGACCGAAGUGUUGUUGAGGAGGAGAAGGAGGCAGGAAGCAGGGAGGACUACACAGAGUGCUGGCCAAAAUCGUGGUUGGCUGCUGAUUGUCCAAAUCUGAGAAUACUGUCAGUGGAGUAUGACACUCACCUGAGUGACUGGAAGGCCAAGUGUCCUGCUGAGAAUCAGAGGAAGUCCCUGGCCUACAGGAGCCGAGAGCUGCUGAACAAGCUGAAGUCAGCAGGAGUUGGAGAGAGGCCUGUGGUCUGGGUAGCACACAGCAUGGGAGGAUUGCUAGUAAAGAAAAUGCUACUGGAUGCCUCUGAGGACCCAGAUAUGCAUGAGCUGAUGAAGAACACCAAGGGCAUUGUGUUUUAUAGUGUUCCUCACAAUGGCACCUCCAUGGCUGAAUACUCUGUCAAUGUCAGAUAUCUGCUUUUCCCCUCCAUAGAGGUCAGAGAGCUCUGUAAAGACUCCCCAGCACUGCAUGAUCUGAAUGAAAAUUUCCUGAACAUUGCCAAAGACAGGGAAAUCAAGGUGCUCAGCUUCGCAGAGACGCUUCCCACAAACAUCGGUCCUAUGAUCAAGAUACUGGUGGUACCAACACAGUCAGCAAAUCUCGGCAUUGGGGAUCUCAUCGAGGUGAAUGUAGAUCAUCUCAACAUCUGCAAGCCAGAGAGGAAGGAUUCGUUCCUGUACAAGCGCAGCCUCCAGUUCAUUCAGGAAGCACUGCAGAGCUACAUCAGCCACUGACUCUCACAUGAGCACAAACACAGUGACCACACGUAUACUUGAAGUGGGGUAGAGCAUCAUAUGAAUCCACCCCCACCCCCGCCCCACCCCCCAAAUCCAACAGAAACACAACUGCCUCUCCUUGUUGCACAUUUAAAGGAACCACAAACAUGACAAGUGUAUUUAGACAAAUAGAAAUGUGUAUGUAUUUAUUGACAUCUCUGAGAUGCUGAUUAAAGAACCCAGGGUGCUCAUUUUUAUUCUCCCAGUCAUCCACUCUUAUUGGUCCCUCAGUUGUUAAUCCAACUGACAAUUUUUAUUUGAAAGUUUGUAAGAUCAUGCUUAUGUUUACAGAUACAGAUGAAGGAAGACUUAAGAAUUUAUUUUUCUAGCACUUUUCUUCCCAUUUGAUCCUAGGCUUACAAGGCUUUCAGACAUAAUGAUCCUACUGUACUUUUUCAGAGAUGCACUUAACUGAGUUGGAGGUCAUAUUGCUUGAUAUGAAUUUUUCAACAAAGCUGUGGUAUAAGCGUACCUUUUAUUUUUGUAUGUCAUGUGCGGUGUUUUAUCCUAACUACUGUAUAACAGUCAUGUUUUGUGCCAUGUCACUUUCCAUCCUGAGCCUUAUCUUAGAUGCAUCUGACAAUAACUUAGUUCAGGCUGAUUUGUUUUCAUUGAACUACACUAAUCUGUCGUUUGCUUUUUAACCUCCAUUUGCUUGCAGUCCAUUUGUCUUAUUAGCUAUGCUGACACUGGCUCAUGAAAUGAUGUGGAUUUACUUAACUUGACAGUCUAACUAUGCAUUGCAUUGCCGAUCAUGUCCAUCUCAAAUAAAGUCACUUUGCUGCAGAUAU